GCAUGGUCACAUGAUUUUGCUGGAAAUUGCCUUUACGGAACUUGGUUUCUGUUUACACAAGGGAGAUAUUUCACUUGGUGAAUCUCAAAGUGACGGUGAACCAUGCUGCAGCCCUUUCUACUCACCCUCAGCCUGUUACCAUGGAUCCCAGCUUUCCUCUGUGGGAUAACCUACGAAGAAGAGCUCUCAGUCAUGGAAGGUCAAAACCUCACUAUCCCGUGUCAUUAUGAGCCCCAGUAUGCCAGCUAUGUAAAAUACUGGAGCCGGGGCAAGACGAGGGAGUUCUGCACCAGCCUAGCUCGGACCGAUGAGUCCCCUUCUGCCAAUCCAUCUGAGAAGAAAGUGAGACUUUUUGACGACCCAGUGCAGCAGGUGUUCACUGUGACGAUGAGCAACCUGAAGGAGCAGGACUCUGGGUGGUACAUGUGUGGCGUGGAGAUAGGCAGCAUUUGGAGGGCUGAUGUUGUCACCUACAAAAACAUCAAGGUCAUUCAUGGUAUGACAGUAGAGAACAGCCGCCUGAGUGGGGAAGAAGGGAGUAGUGUCACAGUUGAAUGCCAAUACAGCGAGAGAUACAGAGACAGUGAGAAGAAGUGGUGUCGGAGUGGAGACUGGAGCUCCUGUCUGUCGGCAGGUUCUGAAGGGAGCUAUGAAGAUUCUUCAGUGGACAUCAAAGAUGACAGAUCUGGGUCUUUCACUAUAACCCUUAAGAAGCUUCAGAUGAGACAUACAGGCUGGUACUGGUGCUCUGCGGGACUUCAGAAGAUGCCUGUGCUUGUGCAGGUCAAACCACGACCCAUGACUACAGCGUUGUCUGUGACAUCCCCUCCUCAGACUGUUGUAAAUCCUUUUCCACACAAACCCAUCACUAAGGAGUCUUGGAGCGGUUACAGACACAUCUUGGGGUCCUUGCUGGUGUGUGUUUUUUUUAUCCUUGUGGGCUUGGCCAUAUUGGCGAGAAAGUGGUGGAAACGGCACAAGCAGGGUCCUGUGCGGAGACAACUUAAGGAGAUGGACGCAAGGCGAAAUGAGUACUCCGAUGUGGGUGACCUGCAAAAUGCUACUGCCAUUUUCCUUAACAAGGACUCCCAGGACGUAAUUAUGUACUGAGCUUCGUCAGUGCAGUGUUUUAUAACUGCUCUUUAUGCUGAAUGUAUUUUCUUGUUACUUCACUGCGCAGCGCAGAUGCUUUGUUUUGAAUAUCUUUUUUCUUUUAUGCCAGCCCAUUUAAAGGCAAGUAUUAAUAUAUUUUGUCAGAUGUACCUACAGUACCACUAACAAACCUGGGGUGAUGUAUAAUGUAUUAUCAUAUCCUUUGUUGGACUGUAAGGGACUUUUGCAGAUGUGGGAGCAUUUUACAGUUUAAUAUUUCACAUGGUAUUUUUUGACUAAUUUCAGUUGAUUUGAAAGUUUUAGUUUUUACAGUAUUAAAUACAAUAAAACCAAUAAAUAACUAUUUUGAUUGAA